GCCCAUGAGUUUUUAUGUUCUUAUGAGCAUGAUUAUAUAAACUGCCCUGUUUCGUAACGCUUCCUAAAUAGGAAAUCUCAAUUGAUGAUAGGUUAUUUAGAGAAGCCAAACGCAUUUUUAGAGGCCAUCACCACUUCUGAAGUUUUUGGCGCAAAUAUUCACUACUGAAUGAUACGCGCCGUAUAAGCUAAAACAACAACAACAACAACGUUUUCUUUUAUUUGACCAUUCUUGUCAUUGAUUGAAAUUCAACAAUUUACUACCUCCUAUCAGAGAGAGACUCCAAAUCACCGACGACGUACACCAAUAUGAGUAAUAACAAUAAUCUACCCGCUGGCCUGACGAGUAUUACAGACGAUCUUGAACGAUACACAGAUACAUUCAUGAAAGGCUUCUGGCCAAAUUCAAGUGAUGUCACUGUCAUCCGAUCGUGGCUCCGGGAUGAGCUCGAUGAUGCGGUCAUAGACGACAUCGCUCAAAAGUUUUCACCAAGUCACCAGGUCAAUGUGAUGGGUGUUGGGACUGGAGAUGGAUCAAUGGAUAGUAUCAUCAUCGGAAAAUUUCGCGAGGUGUUCGGAAAUCUUCGGUACACUGUUAUCGAGCCCGGUAGUGUCAUUGAGCAAUUUAAGACUGUGCAUUUGAGCGACGAAGUGAAGGAAGUGACCUUCGACUGGAAGAAUAAGACACUUUCCGAUGUUUGCCGAGAUGAUGCCAUGAAGUUGAAGAAUAAAUUCGUAUUCAUCAGUGCUAUUCAUUCGGCUUAUUACUUUGAUAAUCUUGUGGAUUCUUUGUCAAAUCUUCUUGACUUUCUAGUGGAUGGGGGAUCUUUGAUGAUCAUAGUUAACUCAGAUGAUAACACACUGGUAAAGUUCCUCAACAAUCUGUCCUGGAGAGAAAAUAACACGCAAUCUCGAUUGGCAGAAAAGAUUGCUCAAUUCGCCGAAUCAAAAGAUCUUCAUCUUGUGACCUUUAACCUUCCAGCCAGAAUCAACGUCACUUCCUGCUUUGACCAAUCAUCCAAAGAAGGCGGGAAACUUCUUGAUUUUCUAACUGAAGUGGCUUAUUUCCGAGAGACGGCAUCAGACGAUAUUAAAAAAGAAACGCUGUCGGUGAUGAGAUCAUUAUCGACCCAAGAUGAGGAUGAAAAACUCUACUUUGGAACAAAUUGUAAAGCUAUGAUCUUGACUAAGAAUCAUACCGUUGAUUAUUGAUGUUUCAGGGAGUUAACAUCUUAAAACCAUAGAAUCCAUAGACUUUAUCAGAACUCUGAGUCAUUAUACAGAGCAGACGCGCUUGUGCGUUUCAAGGAAUAUGAAGACGGAGACGAGCUACUCGCUACGUCCCAUCUUUGAAAAGACUCGUACUUUGAAAGACUGAAGAAGCUUAAUAGAAGCUUAAUUUGCCUACUCUUGUUUAUAGACGAGCUAUAUUAUAGAAUUUACCUUAUAUAACCUUACCGGAUACCCAUUUACCUCACCCGGGUUGAGUGCAGCACAAUGUGAGAUGUCGCUCUGCGUGUAUAUUACGAUGGUACAGCACUAGUAAUGUAGAGGGUUUAUUUCCAAUUCGUCUAAUGCCAAUUCGUCAAAUUGCCAAAUCGUAAUAGGUCCAUGGUCUAAUAACCAGUUGGUCAAAUAGCUAUUUAGUCCAGAUAACAUUUGGUCUAAAUAGACUAAAGUUGUGCAAAAAUGAAUGAAAAUGAACUGGAUAUUAGACCAACUGGUUAUGAAACCAAAUGGUCAAAUUGGACGAAAUGGUGAUUAAACGAAGUGACGAUUGGACUAAAUGGUUAAUGGACCAAAUGGUUGUUAGACGAAAUGUUGAUGGACGGAAUGGCAUAAGACCAGAUGAAAGUAGACCAUGUUGUGAAUAGACGAGUUGGUAGUAGACGACUUGGCAAUUUACCAUGUAGAGUACCCAGGGGCGGAUCCAGGAUUUAAAAAAAGGAGGGGAGACAUUUUCCGAGGAAAAAUUUGACAAGCAAAACAAAAAAAAGUCUUCAUUUCAAGGGGGGGGGGGGCAUACUUCUGUUUUAAUGGCAUUUUUACAUAACAAAUUUUAAUAUUGCUUCUCAAAAGGGGGCCGGCUUUGCCCCCCCCCCCCCUGGAUCCGCCAGUGAGGGUACCGAUGUGUGAUUUCAGUCAUAUUUUGGUAGCACAAUGAUGGAAGCUUUCACACAAUAAAUUUUAUUUUGCAUUUAUUUAUCUAAUGUACACAUAAUGCAAUAUUUUUUAUAAAUCACAAAUGCUUUAAUGCAUAAAGAUCCAGACCGGAGCUAAAAGUGAAAUUGACAAAUUGGAAAUAUGUAACUACACAAUACAACACCCAUCCUCCAAUUAGCCGCCUAAGAGUAAUGCGAAUAAUUCAAUAAAAAUUGCGUUCACAAACUUAUUCAAAAAUAAUCCGCACUAUUUUUACGAGCGCCCGUCCUGAAAAAGGCGGAUAAUCGUCAUGGCAACCGCACACACCCCCUCCGAUGCGGUUGCGUUGGAAAAGGGUGACCUUGUGACCGCACCAUGGCAAUUAUCCGUAUUACUUUCGAAAUGCGUUCAUAAAGUCAAAAUCUGGUCCCGAUGCUGCUAAUAUGCGGAUAAUUGCAGCAUCAAAAUAAUGCGGAUAACUCUGGUCCUCCUCCGAUUUUACGACCAAUUAGCCGCAUAAUUGGGUUUAUGAAAGGGGUAUUAGUUUUAUGCAUAUUCACCGUUGACAACUGACUAUUUUUCUCUGGCCUAAAGACCGUGACGUCAUGUUGUGAUUCCAUAUUUAUAUUUUGUACACAUAAAAGCUGGGUGAUUUUUCUGCUUUUUAAAAAUUCGACUUUUCUUUUCAAUUUGCAGAAGAAAAUGGCUCUGACAAUUCAGUGAUCAAAUGGUUGGAAACUUACAACUCUUCACCUGUUUUUGUGCCUAAAAUUGGAAAAUUUUAACACAUAAUCUGAAUGCAGAUAUAGAAUUGGAAAGCUGGGCCAAAUAAACAGAAUAAACAGAAAAUAAAAUAACUCAAGAGUAGUCCAAAUCUGUAGAUUUUAUCAAUUCAAGCUUGCAGGGAAAUGUAUUUAUGAUAAUCUCUGUGUGAUAAGUGAGGAAAAUAAAAUGCGUAUUUUGAAAACCAGAAAAAUCACCCAGAUUUUCUGUGCACAAACAUAAGGAAUCACAACGCUUCUAAGAAGUUCCAACACAACAUGAUGUUACGAUCUUGAGGCCGGUGAAAAGCACAUAAAACUUAUUUUAGAAACCUGAUAAUUGGAGCUACAAAAUACUCAGCUGGUAAGCGGUGAAAUAAUAUUGCACGAAUCUUGCAUUUCGGUGUUAAGUGGUUAAUUUCUAAGCUUCCGAUUGGUAUAUGAUUUGUCAGUUUCACUUUUGGGCCCGGACUGGGUCGUUGAUACUUUACAAUGUUCCAGAAAAGAAAAGAUGUUCGAGGGAGCGAAGCCCCUAGCUGAGCUCCAGAAAAUUGUAUUAGAACUUGAUUUACGCUUUAAUCAACAAGGGCGUCAUCACAAAACUCAGUGCUGUAAGCAUUCGGGACUUACACCAUUAUUGGCAGUAACACGAGGCUGCAUAUUUAGAUCACACUGAAGGGUUUGCAGACUACAUUUUACCGGUUCUGAUCUUUUUCUGUAGCUUACAUCCAUUUAAAUAAAAUGUCUAUUUAUUACCAAAUUAAUACUAAAACUAUAGACCACCAUAAUGUAUUCGCCUUGAACAAAUGCAAAUGGGGGGGGGGGGGUCUUCUAGAUAGUAUUAUUUUUCUUCAUUUCUUUAAUUAGAAAAUGUAAUGUCUGAAAAGGACCCUUAUCUACAUGCAUUCUGCUACUAAGCAUUCCUCCGCAUUUCCGUUUUGUGUAAUUAUUAAUGUACAUGUAGCAUAAUUAUGUUCAUAUUAAGUGAGAUUCCUAAUUAUUAUCACUUCAUAUUCGAAGUAUGAACGCAAAGGUUUUAAUUAUAUCAAAGUUUUGUAACGUCAAGGAUAUGUGAAAAUAAAACCUAGAU